AAUCUUUUGCACAGCUGCGGAGCCUCUCGGAUCCGGAUGCGGAGCUAUGGAGUUUCCGCUGCCGAAUAGUCUUAUUUUUCCGGGCGCUGCAUGCGGCUCCAUGCAUGUGAGACGUGGGCCAGCUUUUUAACGACAGGGAUAUAUCACGCUAGUUCACAGUGUAUAGUUCACGUUAUUCAUACUAGUAUGUAGACGUAUUGUGUCGGGUUUCUAAUCAACGCUCUGCAAACCAUUCAUUGCUUUACGGCGUAUGACGUAAUUUCCUGUGACACGGGGUCAACACGAGUGGCGCGAGAGCAGGUCCCGGAGUUUAUUUGUGAUUAUGGACCACGAGAGAUUCAUCAUAGAGGUGCAACACCACGCCGUUUUAUAUGAUUGCUCGCAUGCUUUCUAUAAGGACCACACCAGAACGGAGAGGGCAUGGAAUGAAAUAGCAGCAACUCUGGGAAGUACGGAAAAUCAAAAUCCUCUCCUCCAGAGAGUGAAGAACUGCGUUCUGCAUACAUCACUCCAGCACAUAAAACAAG